AUGUCUGGCGUUGCUAUCAAAUUUGGUCUCACAGUAUUCGUGAGUUCUUCAGGAUUGGCAUCUGGUAAAUCACCGGUAAACCCGCCGGUAACCGGCAUUUGUUUUCGUCUGCGUUUAAUGAGCCAUCCGCCGAAGGCAAAAAAUGAGCAAUCAAACGGCGAUUUUGCACAACCGCUUGAGACCAAGGUGUACUACUAUCUAGACGAUGACGCGACUCCGUUUGUAUCAGUUCUACCGGUACCUCCCGACUUGGCCACUCUGAGAGAUUUCAAGAAAGUGUUUACCAAAAAAGGAUUCAAGUAUUUCUGCAAAGGCUUGGACGCAGAUAUAAAACGCGAAGUGAAAAUCGAACUCACGGAUGAUUCUUCACCUCUCAAGCGUUCAUCGAAUGGUCUUUUCGAGCUGUUUCUCCACAGCUGUGGCGGUACAGUGCCGCGUUCCGGGACUCUUCCUCGAAGAGGACAAAACGACUACAUGUGCGAUGUAGAUCCAAUAGAUAAGCGAGGAAGACGCCGUUCUCUAGCUAAUCUGGAUUUGCUUGACGCUUCUGAAAGUACACAUCCGGCCAGCAGUGUUGGAGGGACCAUCGUCAGCAGGCGAGCAGGAGAACAUCUUGCUGAACUCUAUACUUCUAAUUCGGAGAACUUUUACAAGUACGACGAUUCAGCUAGAUUUUCGGCAACGGCUUCCUCAUCGCUUUAUGAACCGCUAUGCGCUAAUGGUGGGUACAACGAUGGAGGGAAAGUGCGAAGACGGAAACCACGUAAAGAACGCUUCAGAAAGGCGUACGUACCGAGCACAAUCAGUUCAAUCACAGAAAGCAGCAUGACUAGUCUGUCUCUUCCGCGGAUCCUUGAAGUGAAUCUGUCAAUGAGGUCAACACCAUAUCUCGGUAUAUCCGUGGGAAGUUUCCAGGGUAGCAUACUGGUUAGCGAAAUUUUACCUGACGGUGCUGUUGCAAAGGACGGUCGUAUUGAAGUCGGUGAUCAGAUCGUUCAAGUUAACAACCGAUCAUUCGAGAAUCUGACCGAAGCACAAGCUGUCCGAGUGCUUCGUGAAGUGGCCGCAGCUAAGAACUUUGUUUGUUGUGUCGCGAAAAUUCUCGCAGGCAAACGAUGUAUGAUCCACUUAUCAACGCUUGCCAUCAGAAAAACGCUUCCACUCGAAUGCUCACUCUGGGUUCAAACCGCCCCGCGAUAUGAGCGAGCGCUUUACGAACAAAGACGUCACGGUGUGCCUCCGCUUAACGUUGAGGAGCUGGAAAGGAGACGAGAAAAUGAACAAAAUAUGCAGCAUAAGGCCACACAACGUCUGUCAAUAACAAUGGAUCCUGUCAUAAUUUUGAGAGCAUUAGCAAGGCCAGAUUCUGGACUGCAGGUGAAAAAUAGGAAAUGGUUGAAAAUCCUGGUACCCAUGUCAUUUAUAGGCCGAGAUCUCGUUGAUUGGUUGUUGGAGCACGUCGAAGACUUAAGCGAUAGAAAGGCAGCCCGUCAUUAUGCAGCCGAAUUGUUGAAAGCUGGACUUAUCCGUCAUGUGGUCAGCAAGCUGACAUUCACUGAAAAGUGUUACUACGUUUUCGGUGGUACGUUUUUCUCAGUCACUAUAUUCAGU